AUGACAAUGGAGGAGCGACGGUUAACGGAUCUGGCGCGGAUGGUGCCGGCGACCCUCCUGCUCGUCGGCACCUCGGAAAAGGUCAUCACGAGCAUCAAGGGCGCCCGCGAGCUGCUCGCCGGGGACAAGUGGGGAUUUGACGACUCCGACGACCCCGCGUCUCCGCCUUCGAAUCACGCCCGAGGCGGAGACCGCGGCGCCAGCGACCCGGUGGAGACCACCGGAGGCGGCGAUCACAGCGUGGAGACCACAGGAGGCGGCGACCACAGCGUCGGUGGCGUACCCUUGAAGCCGACUUGCGGCAGCCCGGCCAACCUCCGCGGCGGGAUCCCCGUGAACAACGGCGGCGGCGAGGGCACCAUUGGAAUCCGGGAUUGCACGUCCCCCGGCUUCGACAAGUGGGCCGACGCUGCCGACAUCCUCGCCACCGCGCUGGCCCCAGAGGGCCACCUCCCCGUCGCCUACCGCGAGAUCACGCGCCUCGUCUCGCUUCACGCCGAGGCCGGGCACGUCUUCGUCGUCUGCGCCGCGCGCCUCGGCCUCCAACACGUCGACGACGACGAUGACGAAGACGCGCGUACCGGCGUCCAAACCGACCACAACGCGCCGUGGAAGCGGUGGAUGGACCUCCGGGAGGCCGCCGUCCGCCACGCCCACGACGCGCUGCUCCGGUUGAGCUGCGCCGCGUCGGCGGCUGCCGCGGCCGAGGACUUCCUCCGGUGGCGCUCCAACGAGUCCCCGCGCUGGGAAGGGUGGCGGUCGGCGGCGAGGCAGCUCGUGCAGGACGCCAGGCGCAGCCUCGGCGAGGCCAAGGACGCGGUGAGGCUGAUGCGCGACGCCGUGCUGUGUGAGUUCUUCGAGACCUGGAUGAUUCUGAAACGCGCGUAA